AUGCCCCAGGUCCCGGUGAUUGUCUGCGAAAUCUUCGACGUAUGGGGGAUGGACUUCAUGGGACGAUUUCCAUCAUCCUACGGGAACACAUAUAUACUGGUCCCAGUGGACUAUGUGUCUAAAUGGAUAGAAGCCAAGGCUACCACGACAUGUGAAUCGAAGGAGGUAGCGAAGUUUCUGAAAGCCAAUAUCUUCAACAGAUACGGAGUUCCCCGAGCCAUCAUCUCGGACCAGGGAACGCAUUUUUGUAAUCGCACCAUCGAGGCUCUGAUGAGGAAAUAUGGUGUGCACCAUAGGGUAUCUACCCCCUACCACCCUCAGUCUAACGACCAAGCUAAAAUUUCUAAUCGAGAGAUCAAGGCAAUACUGGAAAAGACAGUUAAUCCCUCGAGGAAGGACUGGAGUAAGAGGCUCGGUGAUGCAUUAUGGCCUAUAGAACUGCUUUCAGGACUCCUAUCGGAAUGUCGCCUUAUAGACUGGUAUUCGGCAAAAUGUGCCACCUGCCCGUGGGUAUAG